AUGACACUAGCAGCGGAUCCCGCUGGGAGUGUCCGUCAAGACUUCAAUGCAAGUGACCACAAAUUACCGCCCGCCAGUGGUAUCCAACCGCAGUUAAAAAGCACACCCAAAGCUGCUUCCUCUUCUCUUUUGCUGGUGAACUUACCGACUAUUUCUCGAGAUAAGGAUCACCAAGUCUUUUUGGUCGCAGAGGAUAUAGAGACGUAUCUGAAGCGGGAUUUGGACCACAGCCGGCUCAACAGGAUACAUGGGCAUCUUUGGAUGGCCGGGAGACCUUUAAAUGCCAGGCCAAUACACCGACAGAAGAUGAUGGGUUGCGAAUUCCUCCUGACAGAGCAAGCGGACCUUCACCUCCUCAAGUUCUCAAACAAGGUCUUCGUUAAGCCGCUCCCGGAUUAUAUGCUAGAUUUCAUGUUCUGGGACAAAUAUCUCUGCGAAUCGGAGGAGCUUCAUAAAUCUGCUUGUGGAAUCCUGCUCUCCUAUGUUUGGUUGAUCUGCUCUCCUCUCGACUUGAAAUAUGCUCACAAGCUAGAUCUCCUCCCGCGUGAGAUAACGUGGAUCUGGUGGAAGAGUUUCGUUGCGGAAUUUCUCUCACAGAUCGAUGCAAAUACGCUCAACCAGGUCAAUAAACGCUACCACUUUGGCGAGCUACGACUAGGAAGGAUCAAUUCCAUAUACAGGAUCCGGUUCUUCUUCACGCAUUUCAUUCGCGGCUAUUUGUACGGCUACAACCGCUAUACAGUAUUCUUCCAGAGGAAUUUUGCCUGGAUACUCAUCGUAUUGGUAUAUUUCUCCCUCGUGCUCGCAGCGAUGCAGGUUGGAACUACUGUCUCGCCACUGAGCACGAGCCACGCCUUUCAGCGGGCUUCUUACGGCUUUGUGGUCUUCUCGAUUGUCACCGUGGCAGCAGUUGUGUGUUUUCUGGGAAUCUUGUUCGUUACAAUAUUCUUAACUAAUAUGGUCCUGGCCAUUUCACAUGAGAAAAAGAAGAGAAGAGACCGGGAAGUCCUAGCCCGAGAGAACGAGGCGGGGGCAGCUAAAGCUUAG